CUGACUUCUGCAAGGAGGGUCUCAGAAAUGUGCCUGCAUCACCAGAUGCCCUGCUCCCAUUUUCUCCUACUAUUCCUAACCAAAGUCAUCAUGCCUCGGGGUCAUAAGAGUAAGCUCCAUGCUCGUGAGAAACGUCACCAGGCCCGAUGUCAGAAUCAGGGUAGAGGGGAUGUUCAGGAAAAAGCAGCAGCAGCAGCAGAAGAGCCCCCUCCAGAAGAGUCCCCUCCCUCCUCAUCUGUUUCUGAAUGUGUUACCAAGAGCCUGCCUGUUGCUGAGUCAUGUAGCACUUCCCACCAGGAGCCUCAGGAAGCUCCACCAACAACCACUACUUCUGAAGUCAUUUCUUUCACUAGAUAUGAGGAAGAUUCCAAUAUCCAAGAUGAGACAAAAGAAAGCAAUUCUUCUCCCUCUAGGAGUAAAGUAUGCAGAGAUCCUAUAGCCAGGAAAACUAAGGUGUUGGAGCAGUUCCUGCUCUACAAGUGCAAAAUGAAACAGCCCAUUAUAAAGGCAGACAUGCUGAAGAUUGUCAACCAGAAGUACAAAGACCAGUUUCCUGAGAUCUUCAAGAGAGCAAGUGAGCACCUUGAGAUGGUCUUUGCAGUUGAUGUGAAGGAAGUCGACUCAACACGUGAGUUGUAUGACCUCGUGAGCAAGCUGAAACUCCCCAACAACGGGAGGGUGCGUGGUGGCAGGGGCUUACCCAAGACCGGUCUCCUGAUGAAUAUCUUAGGUAUGAUCUUCAUGAAGGGCAACUGCGCCACUGAGGAAGACAUCUGGAAAUACCUAAGUAUGAUGCGAGUAUAUGCUGGCAGGAAGCACUUUGUCUAUGGAGAGUACCUGCAUCACCAGCUGCCCUGCUCGCAUUUUCUUCUACUAUCCCAAACCAAAGUCAUCAUGCCUCGGGGUCAGAAAAGUAAGCUCCAUGCUCGUGAGAAACGCCAACAGGCCCGAUGUGAGAAUAAGGCUAGAGGGGGUGCUCAGGAAAAAGCAGAAGAGCCCCCUCUAGAAGAGUCCCCUCCCUCCUCAUCUGUUUCUGAAGGUGUUACCAAGAGCCUGCCUGUUGCUGAGUCCUGUAGCACUUCCCAGGAGCCUCAGGAAGCUCCACCCACCACCACUACUUCUGAAGUCAUUUCUUGCACUAGAUCUGAGGAAGAUUCCAAUGUCCAAGAUGAGGCAAAAGAAAGCAAUGCUGAGGCCUCACCCUCCAGGAAUAAAGUAUGCAGAGAUCCUAUAGCCAGGAAAACUAAGGUGUUGGAGCAGUUCCUGCUCUACAAGUGCAAAAUGAAACAGCCCAUUAUGAAGGCAGACAUGCUGAAGAUUGUCAACCAGAAGUACAAAGACCAGUUUCCUGAGAUCUUCAAGAGAGCAAGUGAGCACCUUGAGAUGGUCUUUGCAGUUGAUGUGAAGGAAGUCGACUCAACACGUGAGUUGUAUGACCUCGUGAGCAAGCUGAAACUCCCCAACAACGGGAGGGUGCGUGGUGGCAGGGGCUUACCCAAGACCGGUCUCCUGAUGAAUAUCUUAGGUAUGAUCUUCAUGAAGGGCAACUGCGCCACUGAGGAAGACAUCUGGAAAUACCUAAGUAUGAUGCGAGUAUAUGCUGGCAGGAAGCACUUUGUCUAUGGAGAGCCCAGGAAGCUCAUCACUAAGGAUUUGGUGAGGCUGAAGUACCUGGAGUACCGCCAGAUCCGCAACAGUGAUCCUGCACGCUAUGAAUUCCUGUGGGGUCCCAAAGCCCAUGCCGAAACUACCAAGAUGAAAGUCCUGGAAUUUUUGGCCAAGAUCAAUGGUACUGCCCCCAGUGCCUACCCAAACCUUUAUGAAGAGGCUUUGAAAGAUGAGGAAACAAGAGCCCAAGCCCUACGUGUAGCCAAGGCUGCUACUACUGUCAAAGUUUGUGAACUCUGCCGGGCCAUGCGUGCAGUAUAUCUUGCUGACCCUAUUGAUGUCUGAGUCUUUUUUUAAUCAUCCAGAUUAGAAAAUAUGACAUCACAAUAGUUUUUUUCUUGGAAAUAUAAAAGAGCCCCACUGUACAAUGUUAAGUAAGGGGGGUAAUAUAAUGGAGAAAAAAUAUUAAAACGUGAG